CCUUUUCGUACCACUUCUCGUUCAAGCAGUUACCUUUUCUCAGCUUCAGGUCCCUCUUCUCUGGUUUCUUCCCUUCCCCAGCCAUAAUCUGUCAAGUCUCUCUCCUUACACUAUUUCUUCGCGUUUCCGUGUUCACUGCUGCGAGAAUGGGGUGGGGAAGCAUAUACAAGAGACGUGUUAGAGUAUUUACAAUGGCCUUAGUAAUAUACCUAGAUUAUAAGUCCGUACAACAGCGAGAGAAAUGGACAAGCAAAUCUAAACAAUCUGUUCUGUGGGAGAAGGCUCAUGAGCGUAAUGCUAAGCGAGUUUUAAGUUUGAUAAUAGAGAUGGAAGGCUUGUGGGUGAAACUUGGCCAAUAUAUGUCAACACGAGCAGAUGUUCUUCCUGCAGCUUAUAUACGCCUUUUGAAGCAGUUACAGGACUCUCUUCCUCCUCGCCCAUUGGAAGAGGUCUAUGGCACAAUACAGAAAGAGUUGGGGAAAUCAAUGGAUGAGCUAUUUGCUAAUUUUGUCAAUGAACCAUUGGCAACAGCAUCGAUAGCGCAAGUCCACCGUGCAACCCUGCUCAGUGGUCAGGAAGUGGUUGUUAAAGUUCAACAUGAUGGAGUAAAGAGAGUCAUAUUGGAGGAUUUGAAAAAUGCAAAGUCAAUUGUCGACUGGAUAGCAUGGGCUGAGCCACAGUACAACUUUAAUCCUAUGAUUGAUGAAUGGUGCAAAGAAGCACCUAAAGAACUUGACUUUAAUCAUGAAGCUGAAAACACCAGAACAGUGGCCAAAAAUCUUGGUUGCAGAAACCAAUAUGAUGGAAAUAGGAGUGCCAACCGGGUGGAUGUUUUGAUCCCUGAUGUAAUUCAGUCUACAGAGAAAGUGCUUGUUUUAGAGUACAUGGACGGCAUUCGAUUGAACGAUCUACAGGCAUUAGAGUAUUUUGGAGUAGAUAAACAAAAGAUUGUUGAGGAGAUUACUCGUGCCUAUGCUCACCAAAUAUAUGUUGAUGGGUUUUUCAACGGUGAUCCUCAUCCAGGAAAUUUUCUAGUGAGCAAGGAAGCUCCACAUCGUCCCAUUUUACUUGACUUUGGGCUUACAAAAAAACUAUCAAACACGAUUAAGCAAGCACUUGCAAAGAUGUUUCUGGCAGCUGCUGAGGGGGACCAUGUGGCUCUUCUGUCUGCCUUUGCCGAAAUGGGGCUUAAGUUGCGUCUUGACAUACCUGAGCAGGCAAUGGAGGUAACAACUAUAUUUUUCCGUUCAACGACACCUGCAAAUGAAUCCUAUAAAACCGUCAAGUCUCUUAACGAUCAAAGAGCCAAAAACAUGAAAGUUAUACAAGAGAAAAUGAAACUUGAUCAAAACGAAAUGAAACGCUUUAAUCCUGUUGAUGCAUUUCCCGGUGAUAUUGUAAUAUUUGGAAGGGUUCUAAAUCUUCUAAGAGGGCUUUCUUCCACCAUGAAUAUAAAAAUAGUAUAUAUGGACAUCAUGAGGCCAUUUGCAGAAUCAGUACUGAGUGGGUACAUCAAUAGAGGACCAUCAGUAAAUGACAGAUGGAUUUUUGAUUCACCAGUGCACUCUGAUGUAGAAGCCAAGCUAAGGAAACUUUUAACUGAGCUGGCAAAUAAUGAUAAAAUACUCGGAAUCCAGGUCUGUGCUUACAAAGAUGGAGAAGUCAUUAUUGACACUGCUGCUGGAGUGCUUGGCAAAUAUGACCCUCGGCCAGUUAAGCCUGAUACCCUUUUUCUAGAGUUUGCAUUCCCAUGCUUGUAUCUUGGGUAAUUAGGUAUAUGCUUAUUAUUUUGCAGAAAACUGAACCUUCAAGAGAAUGUUGCGAAUGUUUGGCCUGCAUUUGGAUCAAACGGGAAAGAUGCGAUUAAGGUUCAUCAUGUGCUUAAUCAUAUCUCUGGUUUGCACAAUGCUAUGGCAGACAUCACGCGGGAAAACCCUCUACUAAUGAUUGAUUGGGAUGAAUGUUUAAAUCAGAUUUCUAGGUCAGUGCCUGAGACAGAACCAGGCAAGCAGCAGUUCUAUCACUAUUUGUCAUUUGGGUGGUUGUGUGGUGGAAUCAUUGAGCAUGCAUCUGGCAAGAAAUUUCAGGAGAUCCUUGAAGAAGCAAUAGUUCGCCCCCUCCAUAUUGAAGGAGAGCUAUAUGUAGGGAUUCCCCCAGGGGUGGAAUCACGUCUUGCCGCUCUGACUGUAGAUACUGAUGAUUUAAGCAAGAUCUCUGCUAUCACUUCUCGUCCUGAGCUUCCGUCUACCUUCCAGCCACAGCAAAUUGCUCAACUUGUAACCACCUUGCCUCCUCUUUUCAAUACACUGAAUGCUCGCCGUGCCAUCAUACCGGCUGCUAAUGGACAUUUAACUGCCCGGGCACUUGCACGUUACUAUGCUGCCUUAGCUGAUGGUGGCAGGAUACCACCACCUCAUUCUUCUGCUUCCAAGCCACCACUUGGAAGCCAUCCCCACAUCCCCAAAUUCUCUUCUGAGAAGCCCCCUAAAAAGCGCAGUUGUAUGGGGAGGAGAGAUGUAGCUUUAACUACAAGUAACGCCCCUACAUAUGAAAAAGUCCCUACCCAUGACAGUUUCCAGGACAAUGAAAGCCAAGGUAUUAGCAGAGAUAGUAUUAGCAGUAGUAUAAGUAGUAGUAGAAUGGAUAGUACUCCAAGGACCAAUAUUACUGGUCAGCUUUUCAGGAAUCCGAAAAUUAUCGACGAAUUCUUGGGAAAAGGAGAUUAUGAGAAUUUAACUUUGCCAGGUGGUGGUUUUGGCCUAGGAUUUAAGAGGUUUAGUUCGAAGGAUGGUUCAUCAAUAGCGUUUGGUCACUCUGGAAUGGGUGGUUCCACAGGGUUUUGUGAUGUUACAAAUAGAUUUGCAAUUGCUGUGACAUUGAACAAGAUGUCAUUCGGUGGUGUCACUGGAAAAGUUGUUCAGCUUGUUUGUUCUGAGUUGAAUAUUCCUGUGCCUGAUGAUUUCCUUAGAUUUUCAGUUGAGCAGAGAGGACCUGAUGGUCAAUUAAAUAUGGGUAGGCCUAUUAUUAAUUGAGGCUCACAUUUUCUCUCUUUUUUAAAACACCUUUUCAUCGGGAAUCAUAUGUAUACAAUUUCAUUUUCCUGGGGCCUUGUGAAUUCAUAAACAAGGAACUCAUAGUUUUAUAUAUAUAUAUACCGGGAGCUGUAACGUUAAAAGUUUAUAACCACAUGUGAAUGGAUUUAUAUUUUUGUU